UUUAUUUAAUUUUUUUUCCAUUGUUUUAUAAAAACAACAACAAAAAUGCAUUUUGUUUUUAUCAAAAAGAAAAACCUCCUCGAUCCAAGUUUCUUCCUCAUCCGCUGAAGAAGGAACUUCCUCAACGUUUUGCUUCAUAUUUCUUCAUGAUUUCGCUCACGGCUCACUUCUCCCCCCUCUCCUCCCCCUUCUGGGAAACUGUGUUCUCCGUUCCCCGCGCAGAUAGAGCCGUGCGUCGUGAAACUGCUCCGUAAUUCUCUGCAGACUCUGAGCUCUGAGGAUCACACCGAAAGCGCCGCGCUGUGACAGGCUGUCCGUGCGCUCCGACGGAUGCGUCACGGCGGAGAGGUGCCGUUUGCGCAGCGCGACUCCCCCCAGACGUGUCAGUGUUUGCAGAAGUGACGCGCUGAGAAGCUUUGAAGAAAACGUUCCUGGAAGCAGGCAGAUUUAGACGGGUUCAACUUUUUUAUUCUAUUUUUUAUUUGUAUUUUUUUUUCCUCGUGUGCAGCUCCGUAAUUUUAGGGGCUUCCCCUCGUUCCUCCUCUUCCUCCUCCUCCUCUGCCUCCUCCUCCUCCAUUGAUGGUCUUCGCAUCCCCGAAAGCUACAGAACCUCUAGGAACGGGUCACUUGACCACCAUCACCACCACCUUGUGAUGUGUUGCGGCUGACAAAAAAAAAAAAAAAGCUUUCGACCUACCACCCAGUCGGGCUGUGUCCGGGAGCGGGUUACACAAACCCAAAUAUGCGCGCAAUUGGAGCGCACUGGCGAGGCGCCCCUUGCUCUCCUGUUCGGGAAACGUCAUUGUCGUGAUGUUCAAUACCUCGGUGAUUGAGCCCGCUUUUGCAAAGAAAGAGGAUGUCGCCGAAGUUAUCAAUGGCACUCUGCUCCUGGUCAGCAACGUGUCCGUCGCUACGGUGGGCAGCGGCCCCGCGGCCAAGUGGAACGAGUCGUGCGGGGAGCAGCUGCUGGACUUCGGGCGCCCGGAGAAGAUCAUCAUCGGGGUCAUGCUGGCGGUGAUCACGGCGGUCACCGUGAUGGGGAACACGCUGGUGGUGAUCGCCGUGUGCGUGGUGAAGAAACUUCGGCAGCCGUCGAACUACCUGCUGGUGUCCCUCGCCGUGGCGGACCUGUCGGUGGCCGUCGCGGUGAUGCCGUUCGUCAUUGUGACAGAUCUCACGGGGGGCAAGUGGCUGUUCGGGGACUUGUUCUGCAACAUCUUCAUCGGCAUGGACGUGAUGUGCUGCACCGCCUCCAUCAUGACCCUGUGCGUGAUCAGCGUGGACAGAUACCUUGGGAUCACACGGCCUCUCACCUACCCAGCACGGCAGAACGGCCAGCUGAUGGCUAAAAUGAUCCUGGGAGUGUGGCUAGUGUCGGCAUCCAUCACCCUGCCACCUUUCUGCGGCUGGGCCAAAAACGUCCACACGGCCGGCGUGUGCCUCAUCAGCCAAGACUUUGGCUACACCAUCUACUCCACAGCAGUCGCCUUUUACAUCCCUAUGCUGGUCAUGCUCUUCAUGUACUACAAGAUUUUCCGGGCGGCUCGCAAGAGCGGCGCCAAGCACCGCUUCACGGACCUGUCCCGGCGCGAGCGCCUGGAGACGGUGGCCAACGAGGCGCUCCGCAUGCAGGGCCUGAAGCCACCCGGCGUGGCCGAGGAGUGCGCCGCCUUGUCCCGCCUGCUGAACCGCGAGCGCAAGAACAUCUCCAUCUUCAAGCGGGAGCAGAAAGCGGCCACCACGCUCGGGGUGAUCGUGGGCGUUUUCACCGUGUGCUGGCUGCCGUUCUUCAUCCUGACCACCGCCAGGCCGUUCAUCUGCGGGGUGGAGUGCAGCUGCGUGCCCAUCUGGCUGGAACGCACUCUGCUGUGGCUGGGCUACGCCAACUCGCUGAUGAACCCCUUCAUCUACGCCUUCUUCAACCGAGACCUGCGUUCCACCUACCGUGACCUCCUCCGCUGCCGCUAUCGCAACAUCAACCGGCGACUGUCUGCCGUGGGGGUUCACGAGGCUCUGAAGGUGUGAAGCCUGGACGGUUAACCGGCAUACUUUGCGGUCCAGAUGUUAAUUUUUCUUUUUAAAACUGCACUUGUUGCCGAUAAAGGGCAUAGCGCACACAGCAGGCCUGCAGAUAAGACACAGACUGACAGAAAGAAAAAGUUGCUUCUGGUCGCUCUUAAGCCCCUCCGCAAAGCCAUGGAGACAGCAGGAAUACUUCAGUUUGCAGAUGACUCAAUCUUUCUAUUUUGGGAGAAAAAGAAAGCAAAAAAAAAAAAAGCCAACAUAGUGGAUAUUGAUGGGCCACUUAAACUGAAGCUGGUUUUGUGCAUAUGCCAACAAUUACAUCCUGGCUCCCGAUUUAUGGUGCGAUGUUGGAGCAAGAGAGAGAACUGACAUGUAAACAAAAACAAUUACCCCUGGGCUUUCAGCUACAACAACAACAAAAAAAAAUCCAAACAGAUUCCAGUACAUAAACCGAAGUGAUGUUUUAUAGAGACGAGUGUUUUUGUUUUCUCUGUCAGCACAUAAGUGAACACCUGCGGCACAGAUAGCAGUCAACAAUAUUCACGCUCCUUAGUUUUCCGCGGUAGCAUUUAUGAUCGGACCGCUCGUGGAGUUCCAUAAAAGUUGCGGGAACCGAAAACAGUCGCUGGGAUCAAGGCGAUGAGAGAGGAGUGGUGUUAUAAAGCGCGGCGUCCCGUCUGAUGAUGGCAUUGCUCUUUGUUGUGAAAGAAGAAGAGUGUUUUGUCGAGUGUCUGCAUGAAACAUCUGUCUCACGUUUCACCGUGCACAUCGACCAAAUACAUGGAUUUGAGAGGGAAAGAAAAAGAGCAAGCGUUGAAGAAGUGUUGUCAUGGUUUUAGCCAAACACUGCAGCCCCCGCUUGAACUGAACACGACCUCAUUCCUCUACCAUAUGUGUCCUGAACCUCAGCAUUGUGGGCUUUUCUGACUCUUUGUCAUCCCGCCUUGAUCAGUCUCGUUCAUCAGCAGCUCCUGACCUUUCCACUCGAACGCUCGGUCUGUUCCCCAAGACUCCUUGCUGACAAACGUUUCCACUCGAGCGUGGAAACCAGGAUGCGGUCACUCCCCUCCUGGCUGCGCUCCCAUUUUAAUCUCCGCUGUGACCUGUACAAAAUCCGUGUCAAACGUCGUCAUCGAACAGUGUGUGCUUUCUCUACCUCAAUUCUUUGGAAAAUACUGUACAUUGGUUCAUCUUUUUUUUUCUUUUAAAACUUAGAUGUGCUGUUGUAUUAUUUUUUUCACUGCUGUUUUUUAUUAUGUAAAUUAUCCUGUCGAAAACCCCGUAUGAGUGCUCAGUGUGACCACUUUGUCGUUAGUUUUAGAAAGCCUCCCAGAAAGCGGCAGUGUAUUUCAUCACUUUGUAAAUAAAGAAGCAUUUCAAAUA